AUGGAUGCUUGUCACUUGUUGCUAGGCUGCCCUUGGCAGUAUGAUGUCAAAGCCCAACAUGAUGGGGAAAAUAAUGUGUAUGUCAUUUCCAAGAAUGGUAAGCAGUUUAGGAUGGAACCUUUUCCUGAUCAAGGGGAAGAGAAGAUUGUUAGUCCAAUUGUCAUGAUGAUUAGUGGGAAAGAUUUUUCAUAUGUCCUUAAGCAAGAGGAGACCCAAGGCUAUGCUUUAGUCUUAUACCCAAAGCUUAAAUCUCAACAAGAGAAUGGUGCAAAGAGGGAGGUUCCUAGUGAAAUAAAAGCCAUGUUGGAUAGGUAUGAAGGAGUUGUGGCCAAAGAUAUGCCUGAUAACUUGCCUCCAAUCAGAGAUAUUAGUCAUCAAAUUGAUUUGAUCCGUGGUGUAACCUUGCUCAACAAAGCUGCCUACAAGAUGACUCCCAAACAGAAUGAGGAGAUAUCAAGACAAGUGCAAGAACCAUUGGACAAGGGGUUGAUUAGGAAGAGUUUAAUCCCAUGUGUUGGAACCCAAAAAAGAUGGAACAUGGAGAAUGUGCACUGA